AUCACCACCCACUCAUCCGAAGUCUGUUCAUAAAUAAGAAAUGAACCCACCAAGCCUUCCUCCAUUUUCUUUCUCGAUGAACCAUCCUCCGCCUGAGCCACCUUCCCGAUCCUCCAGUGGCUCAAGCACGAGCUACAUAGAUGCACCUCCCCCUUCCUUCACGCUCUCUGACUACCAACUUGGUGGCUACACUUAUCAGAAGCGGAACACCAUUGAAAACGUGCUUCCACCAUACUCUCGCGAGCAGGCAUCACCGAUCGAAAAGGACGACAGGGAGGAGGGGUAUGAUCCAUACGACAGGAGGUCCUCAUACUCUGACUCACGAGGGUGCGAUCCCGUGGCCACCCCAUCCACAUCCCUCGACCUCGCCAACGCUCUAGGGCCCGACAACAGCCCCCACACAACCGAGAUCGACAGCAUGCCCUGCGCAGGCGUGCGUAUCCCAACGGGACCACUCAAAGGCCUGCUAGCAUGGCGGCUCGUCGUCGGCGUGCCCAAAUUCAAACGUCGUCCAAACCAAAAACACGGCGAAAGGGAGGUGGACAUGUUCCCUGGCCCGUCGAGGCCGAGGCAGAGUUUGGAUGAGUCCAGGUCCAGGUCCCCAUCGAGACCACCCCCACCGCGGAUGUCGACCCCCUCGCUCUCGGAGUUAAGUUCUGCGAACAGAGGCUUCUUGGCACCUGGGCUCGUUAAUGGCUACAACUCAAAAUCGAGCUCGGCGUUAUCACUUCCGACGAACACGCCUUCCUUCCCUCCUUUGACUGAUCAUCACCAGCAGCCCACGUCAACACAGCAAACGCAGGAACCAACUGACGCAUAUACCCACCGUGGUCCUGAUACCACAUUCAUACCAGACCCUAUACCCACUUACCGAUCACACCUCCACCCCCGCGAACGUCGACCCAGGCAGCUCGAACACCCCCAUCCCCAACCGCACACAGACCACGGUUCGGUCGUUACAAACUUCAUUCUCGACACCUCCCUCCCUCAAAACCUCAUCUCCCCCUCCACCCUCCUCGCACUUGGACUUCAACCUCCCCAUCCAUAUUCACAAGUACUCCCAGACGACUACACGGUUACGCUAUUGGUGCAGAACAUACCUAUAACGUUCCACGUCGCUAAGCAUGGCGAGGCGUCGCGCUUGGGCGUGAGGUUCUUGGAGGAGGCGAAUGAUUAUUACCUGUAUUAA